AUGAACUUUUAUAAACAAUAUUUUCUUAAGAGUUUUGAGUAUGAGUAUAAAAUUGAUAAUUCCUAGUUUAGAAAAAUAUAUAAUGAUGGUAAUGCUAUUUAUCUAACCUAGGAUUUUAACAAAAAAGAUAGCCUUUCAAGAUUUAAAAUUGACAUUUACAAAUUUUCUGAAAAUAGAUUUAUUUUCAAAAUUACUUUAGUUUUAUAUUUCUAAAGGUUUUCAUUCUUUUUAAUUAUCACUAAAGUUUAAAUGUAUAAACCACCUAGAACUUUUAUUAAAAAGAAAAGAAUAACUUAGAAAUUAUAGUAAAAUUUUACGAAGAAGGAGCAUGAUAAAAUACUUGAAUGA